AUGCAAACAACGUUUGCUGCGCUUGGAACCUGCGCGCGACUUGCGCGGCCAGAUCUGCGCCCGACUCAGUUCGGGUCUUCUCAUCCGCCUUCACGCACUGCCGGCAACCAAACAACAGCAAGCUCAACCAACUGGAACCGAAGACGAUCACUCCGAGCCUCAGAGGCGAAGGAUGCGCAGAAGAUGAACACACCCACCUCAGCAAAACCCCAGCAGCUCAGCCGCAAGAAUAACGACUCGCACUCCAGGAAACUCCAAAGCUUGCACUACCAAAACUUCUUUCCGAAUACCACUACACCCACCAAGAACCCUACUACUCCUAGCCGGAAACGAUCUGUGUCUACUUUCAAAAUCGAUCGCUCGUUGGUGCUACCGACCAGUCAUAAUCUCCUCAACCAACCCUCAAAGAAGCUCAAGCCUGCUUCCCCUUCCACACUUCACCAUCCUCAUCAAUACCAUAUUCAUACGACAGCACUGAAAGCUGUUCAGAAGAAUCCUUUACCGUCACCCGCCAAUCAGAAAAAAGCCCUUCUCAAUGUAACCAACUUGAAUUCGCUGAAACUCGUGGAAAGGAAGAAUGAAAAGCCCCAAAAAGAAGUACCAUUGAAAUCGCUCCUUCCAGAACUUCGACCGAGGCCAGAAGAAGUAGACGCGCGUCCAAGUCAUCCAUCUCCGAGACAUAAGCCAGUUCCGAUUGCCCAAGCAGUCAGAGUUGCCGGGGGGUCGACGAAGCCGAGCACGCCGAUUAAUUCUUACAAGAUUACGACGCCGCUGAAGGUACGGGCUCCCAAAGCAGCAGAAGGCAUGAGACGAACCUUUGAUUUGGGCCCGGCCGGAUUGGAGCUGAUCCGGCCCUCCAAGCCGCCUGUGCCAACCCGGCUCAUCUGUCCCCUCGUCGCCUCCCACUCAUUCACCCCGAUCUCCUUCCCCAAGCCGCCAUCACCCAUGGUCUCGCCCAGUAAGAAGAGGAACCGAGCCCCUGGGGAAUUGCUCGCUCGAGCUAGGAGACUCAUCGAAACCGACCAAUCUUCUCUCAGGAUGUGGCAGAGCGAUCUGGACGCUGGAGCGCUCAGACCAGGCAAAACUAGAAAGUUCAAAGUCCUCAAAGUUCACAAGGAUCGCGGAUCCCAAAUCGCUUACUGUAUGGAAAUCAACCAAGCCAUUGCUCAUACCAGCAACAAGAAUCCCCUCCCAAAUGACAAUGCUAGUUGUCCUAAGAUCUUCAAAAUCUUCUUACGUGGACCAGAUUGCAAGGUUAAUGAUCGGCUUAAAAUCUUCUCGCCCUGGACGGAAAUCCAGCCCAACAUCAUCAUCUCCAACAAGUUUAUAUCCAGUUGA